GCCGAAGACCAGCGGCGGACUGCAGAAAGUCGGCCGCCGCACCAGCUGUAGCAGCCGCGCCACACCGCACCACUCGGGCAUACAGCAGGCGGCAAGAUGGCGGUGUUCGUGGCGGGCAUCGCGGGCAUACUGGUAUUCUACCUGCUGGUGCUGGCGGUCGGAAUCUGGGCGGGCAGCCGGCGGAAAGGUGACGGCGACGACGACUUCAUCCUGGCGGGCCGCAGCAUCGGCCUCUACAUUGGCCUUAUCACCUUCAUCGCGACGUACGUGGGCGGCGGCUACAUCAACGCGACCACGGAGGCCAUGUUCGACACGGGCCUCGCCUGGUGCCAGGUGCCCUUCGGCUACGGCCUCAGCCUUAUUCUCGGUGCGUUGCUGUUCGUGCGGCCGAUGCGCGCCGCGCAGUACGUGACGAUGCUGGACCCCCUGCAGCAGCGCUUCGGCAGCCGCGUGGGAGGACUGCUGUACAUCCCCGCCGUGUGCGGGGACCUCUUCUGGGUGGGCGCCAUCCUUAACGCGCUCGGCUCUUCUCUGGAGGUGAUCCUGGGGCUGGACCGUGUGACGUCGGUUACGGUGAGCGCCGUGUUCGCCGCCGCCUACACCAUGGUGGGCGGCCUGCUCAGCGUCACCUACACCGACGUGCUGCAGCUCAUCUUCAUCGUCUUCGGGCUUGUGCUGUCGGCGCCGUUUGCGUACUCGCACCCCGCCGUCGACCAUUCUGCCGUAGCGUCUGCUGAUUGGCUGGGCACUCUCAAACAGGAGGACAUCGGCGAGUGGUCGGACCUCUUGCUCAUGAUGAUCUUCGGCGGACUCUCCUGGCAGGGCUACUUCCAGCGCGUGCUGUCGGUGAAGACGACGUGCGCGGCGCAGGCGCUGUCUCUGGGCUCGGUGGUGGGCUGCAUGCUGCUCGCCAUACCGCCCGCCUUCAUCGGCAUCAUCGCAAGGGCCACAGAUUGGCAGGCAGUCGAAGACGUCGCCAGGAACAUCACGUCGGCGGAUAAGGAGCUGGUUCUGCCACUGGUACUGCGGUACCUUACACCCAGCUGGGUGGCGUUCUUCGGUCUUGGAGCAAUAUCAGCAUCCAUUAUGGCCUCCGCAGAUUCCAGCAUUCUCGCUUCCAGUUCCAUGUUCUCCAGAAACAUUUACAAGCUAGUCCUGAGGACUCAGGCCUCGGAGCGAGAGAUGGUGUGGGUGCUGCGCGUGUCCGUGGUGGUAAUCACCGCCAUAGCGGCGCUCAUCGGGCUCACCGCGGGCAGCAUCUACUACCUGUCGGUGCUGUGCUCGGACCUGGUGUACGUGGUGCUGUUCCCGCAGCUGUUCCUCGCCGUCCACUGCCCCAGGCUGGUCAACCAGCACGGCUCCGUGGCCGCCUUCGUCGUGGGAAUCGUCCUCAGGCUGCUCUGCGGCGAGCACGGGCUGGGCCUGCCCGCGGCGCUGCACCUGCCGGGCUACGAGGCGGAGACCGGCCGGCAGCGGUUUCCGUUCCGCACGCUGACCAUGCUGGCGGCGGCGGCCACGCUGCUGGUGGUGAGCGCCGCCGCGGCGCGCCUCCGCCCCGACAAGCUGGGCCUCGACAACCCGGCCGCCGGCGACGUGCUCGCCAGCGAGAAGACCAGCCGCCUCUGA